CAACAUCCAGUGUUAGCGGAGUCAAACUAGUCAGAAUGGAAACCGGAUGUUGUGGGUUUGUCGAAUCGUUUUUUUUUUUCCUCUACCGACUCCGUGAUGUGUUUCACUGUGAUCAUGUGGCAUACAGUCAAUGAACAGGUUCUCCGGCGAUGCUUUAUUUUGAAGGAUUUCCGGAUGUCGUUGCCCCUUGCUUGCUAACCUGACACUAUUAAUGGAACUCGUUGUGAAAAUGGGAGCAACGUCGAUGUAACUUGUACAAUCCCACUGUCUACUGAGAUACUCAACCUUGGCUCGUUCUACUUCCAAAGCUUUUGGGUGCUCGCCGUGAGCAUGGCGGACCGGGAGGAGCGCCGCUUCGCCGAGGUCUCCCGGGAGUCUGUCAAACUCGUGGCCGAAGGUGCAGGCGUGGAGCUGGGCGAUGAUGUGGCUGCUCUGCUGGCUGAGGACGUGUGUUACCGGCUCAGGGAGGCGACACAGAGCAGCUCUCAGUUUAUGAGACAUGCCAAGAGGAGGAAGCUGACAGUGGAGGACUUCAACAGAGCUCUGCGCUGGAGUAAUGUGGAGGCCAUUUGUGGCUACGGGGCCCAGGAUGCUCUUCCUUUCCGUUCAGUCAAAGAAGGAGAGCUAUUCUUCAUCGAGGAUCGGGACAUCAACCUGGUUGAGUUGGCUCUGGCCACCAACAUUCCCAAGGGCUGUGCCGAGACCAUGGUACGAGUGAAUGUGUCAUACCUGGACGGGAAAGGUAACCUGGAGCCUCAGGGGACAGUUCCCACAGCGGUGCAGUCUCUGUCAGAUGAACUGUUGAAGUACUACCAGCAGAUCACACGGGCAAUCCUUGGAGAGGACCCCCACCUUAUGAAGGUGGCUCUGCUGGACCUCCAGUCCAACUCCAAGAUUGCUGCCCUCCUGCCAUACUUUGUUUAUGUCAUCAGUGGGGUGAAGUCAGUAAGCCAUGACCUGGAGCAGCUCAACAGGCUUCUCCACAUGGUGAAGAGCCUGGUCCAGAACCCCUACCUGUACCUGGGCUCAUACGUGCGCAGCCUGGUCUCCAGCGUCAUGUACUGCAUCCUGGAGCCGCUGGCUGCCUCCAUCAACCCGCUCAAUGACCACUGGACCCUCAGGGACUACGCAGCCCUGCUCCUCAGCCACAUCUUUUGGACCCAUGGGGAUCUAGUGAGUGGCCUCUACCAUCAGAUCCUGCUGUCGCUCCAGAAGGUUCUGUCUGACCCAGUGAGACCUCUUUGCUCCCACUAUGGAGCUGUGGUUGGACUUCAUGCUCUGGGAUGGAAGGCUGUUGAGAGAGUGCUCUUCCCACAUCUUCCUGCCUACUGGGCCAACCUCCAGGCUGUGUUGGAUGACUACUCUGUUUCCAAUGCCCAGGUCAAAGCAGAUGGACAUAAGGUCUAUGGAGCCAUCCUGGUGGCAGUGGAGCGCCUGCUGAAGAUGAAGGCUCUUUCUCAGCCAGUCGAGGGAGGCUCCAGUGGUCUGCCGGCCACUGUGGUGGGUGCUGUGGGUUACAGGGUGAGCUCGCCUGGCCUCAGCCCCCCUCCAGAGCCCCUGUCAGAGGCUGCCCUGGGAAUUGCCAGCCACCUUCAGGCAGGUGGGGCCGGCUGUCCCUGGGAGGAGUGGACCCCAGUCCCUCUGCCUGCCAUGUACUGUGAGCUCUACUCCUUCUUUGGCGACAGCCUAGCUGUCAGGUUCAGUACGGGACCUGACUUUGGUAGCUUCCCUACCUGCACCCCAUCCCAGCUCAGAGAUGCCAGGAAGGAAGCCCCUGGUAAUGCCUCCAACCCUGACACCACCCGAAAGAUGCCACAGCUGACUGCCAACCUCAACAUUAGCCCUAGACAGGACGGGAGUCCUCGCACCGAUCCACCCCCACCCAGCCUGGCAGUGACUGGAGCAGCAAGGGCCCUGGCUCGCUCCUCCUCCUCCUCCUCCUCCUCCUCCUCCUCUUCCAUGCAGCGUUCCAGGUCUUCCUCAUCACGUUCGGGCCAGCGUUCAGCAGGUCUGUCUCGGGACGUGUUCCCUAAAGCUCGCUUCACCUCUCCUCAGAUAGGACCUCCGGCGUUCACCUUCAUCAUCGGUGGUCGGCAGAUGGGUCGACGCUGCCAAGGCCGCCGCCCCUUCCAGACAACUUUUGCCCCAACUCCACCUCUUUCGGCCAUCCCACCACGUGCCUACGCCCACAAACUUCCUGUCAUUGGCAGAGUUGGCAAACCAGUACGCCGCUGGGCCUGUUCCCAUUACUCCCUUCAUCUACCUCUCUAGUAUUAGAUAUGAGCUGCAGAGUGACUGUUACAGACUUUAACAGGCCCAUCUUCAUAUAUUUAGCUUACGCUGCCAUUGUAUUUGAUAGUGAUAAUAGUUUAAUUGAUAAAUUAAUUUCAAGGACUCUCUCUGGCUUAUUAUCACGUAGGUGAACACUUUGGACCACUAUUCACUAUGUCAACAACGGUCUACAUUGACUGAAAAAGUGAUUUAAAGCCACUCUGUGUAGUAUAUGAUGUCAUCAUUUGUCACAUUAAUCAAAAUUCUGUUUUUUCAUGUCCAACAGUCAAAAAGCUGAAGUGUUCACUUGACAGUGAUAAAAUGACAAAGAGAAAAGCAGUGAAUUCUAAUUUUUAGGAAGCUGAAACAAGUUUUGGCCUUUCUACGUGAUUUUGAUGAUUGCUGAUUUGCUUCCUAUCCUCAACUGUUGUACUUGUAGUCAUUUCUACAGUGAAUGAGUACUGUAUGUUAUAUUGACUGAAAUGACCAUUCGCUUUACAUUUCUGUCAAUCAGUAUGUCUUGAGGGUGUGAACCUGCUGAAGCUGGAGCUCUGACCUUAGUGUCAUGAACAGGGUCCCACACACACUAAAUGUAAGAAAGGUAUAGAGUGACAGGUAGAAUACCUGCCGAGGACAAUGCUGGAGCACCUGAACAGUUUAUAGGCCUGCCUUGUGUUUGAUUUAAUUUUGUAUAUAGGUGCUGUUUUCUUUAAAUAAAAAAAAUGUGCUGCACAUUUGAAUCUA